AUGAACAAUCAGAACAUGACGCCGAACGAAUAUUCGCAGCUUCACCAGACACUUCAAGGCCGCUUGUUUUAUUUAGGCCGUGAGGGUCCUCUACCUGAAGGGUGUGAGUGGUUUACGCUGGACGGGAAGAAGAGGUUCUGUGCACCCCUCUCCGCGGGGCAAGAUACGCCGACUUCUGUACCGUUCGAGAUUGUUGGUCGGGUAGGGACAAACUUGAACAACACCGGUUUGUUGGGGGGUUGGACACCCUCUGGACAGUACCCACCUGCUGGAUCACGCCGUUCGUUCCAACUAGGACCGCCUUUGUCCGGGGUCUUUCGAAAUGAGUGGAUUGUAGCCGUAACGAAGUUAAAAGAGCUUCAAACGGCUGGUGCAAACAACACUCGAAAGGUUAGAUAUCUUUUCGUACAUGAAAACGUCCCUCCGUUGGAUUCCCUUAUCAAAAUGGGUUGCAAAGUGUUUCGCGACUUGGACGAAGGGGAGGCAAGCGACGAAUUACUUUUCGCGGCCAUUCCGAAAGACAAGAGGGAUAACAGUGAUUGGACCGAAAUCAGGCAGACGCAGGCACUCGCGCCGUUCCCGCUGUUCGGGAGAAAUGGCGAAGUGAUUCCAAUAAAGAGAGUACGCGGUAUCAUAGCUGGGGCUACCGUUCGGGUAUCGUUCGGGCUCCGCUGCUGGCGGUUCAACCCCAACGAGCCUUUUUCGUUUGCCGCGGACAUUAUUCGUGUGGAUCUGCUCAACACUCCUCAAGAUGUUGCUGGUCCUCAAAGUAUAUUUCCUCUGACACCUCCCGUAACUCCGCAACACAGUGUCCUGGCGUCGAACGGAGGUAGCGGUAAUUCAGAGGGUGGUCACACGCCCGUGUAUCGCACCCAACCACUUUUUGCCUUUCAGAAUGUUGGUUCUCCCCAACAUGACACUUCGAUUCUCGGUGCUAUUCCCUAUGGUAGUUCACCUCAAACCCCGACUCGUGGUAGCCCUCACUAUCCUUUGAACUAUGGUUCACCCACACCUGGCGGGAUGAACACGAUUGCGUCGCCCUACCAAGGGGUUAUAGAGCAGUUUCCGGGGAACGCUACCAGCCCUCCACGCAUUCUUGGACCUGCCUUCGGUACUACUGAUAGGCUUCCCACAGGAGAACGUAUUCCUAUCGAAGGAAGGGAUAAUCACUUGAGCGGCAGCGGACACCACUUUGAUAACAACAGCCACGGUCAUAUGGGAGAAUACCCGACUGUAUACAAUCCCGCUUCAGAGAUGAAUGCUUUGACUCCGUUAUACAACGUCGAUAGCCGCGGCGGAAACGGUAAACGAUCAUUCUCAAAACACCAGCUCUAUCGGUAUCAGAACGGUUUCAGCAAUGACAGUACAGCUGCAAGAGGGAACGACGUGACACGUCCGCAGGGAGGAACAGCGGAACGUACGGGAACAUACCACAACAGCGGCGGCUCGCAAAUGAACCUGAACACUGGUGGCACAGGGAAUGACACCUCUGGCCUGGAAGCCGCGACAGGUGAAGGUACAUUGCGCAACAUCAACACCUCUGGAGAACAUGAUAACGAAGCAGGGCCGGGAGUUCAUCUGGAAGGGGUUGCAACAUCGAAUCCCGCUGCAGGAUCGUUGCCAACGACACCCAGUGAUGAUUCAGCUAGGGACAACGUCAGAUCAAAAGUGCUGAAGCGCGGAAGAAAAGCGGACGAAGUUGAUGACGACGGCGAGGGAGACAAAGGACACAAAGUUGUCAAAAAAGUAAGGCGGAGUAAGCGCCACAUACGAAUACCAGAUGCCUACCACCGUAACCUCCGAAUCAAACAAAGGAAAAAAAGAGCCGUGACGAAAAGGGCAGAAUACUUCACCAACAUCGCAACGGAUUUUCCUCUGCAUCGACAAGGACUGUUAUACGGGUACGACGGUUACAUUGACAUUGUUCCAGUACCUUUAGUACCACAGUACAACGAUCCUGUUGACACAGCACCUCAAUACAUUUAUACCGAUUUCUGGAUACCUCCGACGUUCAAUGGCAUCAGUACAGACAAAGGCGCUUUCGCGUGUUUGGGACGCCAUGAAGUUGAACGAUUUGAUGGGCGAGGACGAAGAGCUUUGUUCAGUAUCUAUACAGAGGUCCAAGGUAACCCGAGCGUGCGGGAGCGACGACUCAACGAAGCCAUUCAACGUUCAAUUAAAGACGGAACAGCGCCAAGAGGGAACGUCCUCGUCAUCAAGCAUUGGGCAGUGUCACGAGAAUUCACAGACAUUGACUGCUGGGACCGGAUCACCAUCAACGACGUACUCCAAAGUGCGAAUUAUCUGUUUCACCGGAACGUACCAACACAGAUAGAACAGAAGAUACUUCGGCAGUUAGGUUUGCGAGAGUGGACCAUGCUGAAAAGGGUUUCUCGUUUCCAUGCAGCAGAAGUUUCACAUUUUAUGGAUACUAGAGUGGUGGAGCUGCUGAAAAGUUACACCGAACAACCAUUGGCAUUCGUUAACAUGCUGACGAAAACAAAAAGCGUGGUCGGAGGACAGUUUGUUUUGCGGUUUCUCAACGUAACGCCUGAAAAACUGAACACUCCGUUACUCAUUUUUGCUCCUCGGUUGGCGGAGGAAUUGUGGUCUGAUUUCAUGUUAAAAGAGCGCCUCGUCUGCACUGUCGUUAGGGUACCGAACAUUUUCGAGGAUUAUUGCGCGAAAUACAUGAAGAUUGAAGGCAAAAGUGGAGCUCGAAUUCGAAUAUUGGUUGGUAAAAGGUCGUCGCCACUUGCAAUGAUACUCGGAUAUGGAGACACAAUCGGUUGCAGCUUUAUCAACGGGUCAGGAGUAUACGUCGGGUACCCGGAUGAUGUGACAGAGGGAAAGGUUGUAAUUGGCAACACAGGACCGUACGCGAUGCCUCCGUUGCACGGCCGCAGGGAAUUUCGUAGUGCCACUGCAGACGAUAACGCAGUGAAGACCUUACAUUGCGGCUGGCACUGCAGUGGACUGUGGCGCACUUUCAUAGAUGCAGGCACGGGAAGACAUUUAUGGUCGGGGGAGAUGGUAGACAACAGAGAACGAGACACAGAGGUGGAAUAUUGGCGAUGGAACACAGGAAGACCAUGUCAAAAUUCGAGUGCUUUGCGCAGGGGGCUACCGUCGGAGAAAUCCGUGAAUCCAAUCUCUGUAUCAAAAGCUUAUAAUUAUAUGUUGGACAGAGAGUAUUAUGUGGGUUUGACACACUGA